GGGGCUGGGCUGGGCUGGCGCUGCCCUGGCGAUGCCAGCGCUGCCAUGGCAGCCUUGGGGCCCUGCCAGCUGCUGCCCAGGUCCCUGGCUGGGAGCUCCUUUAGGCCCCGCAGCAGCAGCAGCUCGGCUCUCGGAGGAGGUGUGAGCAAAGGUGUGCCCGGGUUUGGGCAGUGCCGCAGGCCCGGGGUGSUGCUGCAGCUCUGUGUCUUGGCUGGGGCAGCAAGGACAAGUGAAAAGCUCUCUCUGUAGUGCAGCUUGGCCAGCAGUUGGAUCYACGGCAUCASAGGCCUUCWGCAGGGAUUUGUGUUUGGGACAGCUGCUCAAAGGACCCUACUCCUGCAGAAGGAUGGCUGCAAAGAAAAAGGAGGGAGUGCUGCAGAUUAACAUCACUAGCCAGGAGCUUUGGGAAGAACUGCUGUGUCUCAAAGGACUCAUUGUUGUCGACGUGUUUCAAGCCUGGUGUGGCCCAUGCAAACCAGUAGUGAAUCUGUUCCAAAAAAUCAGGAAUGAAGUUGGCAGCAAUCUCCUGCAUUUUGCUGUGGCCGAAGUUGAUUCCAUUGAUGCUCUGGAAAAAUACAGAGGACAGUGCAAGCCCSUCUUUCUGUUUUAUACAGCAGGAGAAUUAGUGGCGGUUGUGAGAGGAGCAGAUGCACCACUGCUGCAGAAGACCAUCCUGGAACAGCUGGCAGGGGCAAGGAAAGGUUUAGAACAUGGAGAGCCUGUGGUGGCUGACAAAUCCGACGAGCCCGGGAUGAUAACUGCAGCCGUGGAGCAGAUGCAGCUUUUCCAAUAAAUAAAGGAYUCCGUGUGGCGGCAGCAGCAGCAGCGGCUCCGUGUUCUCGUGUGGCGGCGCGCGGCCCCUUUAAGGCA